CCUGCCCGAGACCCUAUAAGGCCUGGUAGCCGAGAGCAGAGCUGUCAGCGGGCUGUGCCUCCGUGGCUCCGAAGGGCCCUCACGCACUCCAGCUGCUUAGAAUUUUAUCAUGUCCACCCACGAAGAAGGAGGCCGGGAUCCUCCCAAACCCAAGGGCAAGACCCUGGGGAGCUUCUUGGGGUCCCUGCCUGGCUUCAGCUCUGCCCGGAACCUGAUGGCCAGUGCCCACAGUUCAGCGAAAGAGGCCCGGCUGAUCGCCGAUCCCGCAGGAGCCUCUGCCCAGCCCCAGACUGAGGCUCCUGUCCCCUCAGCAGCCACCAACCUGGAGCAGACGGCCCACAGGGAGAAGCUACCACCGCCUUCAGAUAAGAUGACCUCUGACGCAAAGAACCUGGUGUGCUCUAAGAUGACCGAGACCAAGGGUGCCAUCUCCUCUGGGAUGGCCAACAUGGUGGACACAGCUAAAGGUGUGGUGCAGGGAGGCCUGGGCGUGACCCGGUCUGCACUCACGGGCCCCAAGGAGACUGUGGCCACUGGGGUCACCAGCGCAGUGGGUGUGGCCAAGGGCACCAUCCAGACUGGCCUGGACACCACCAAGACCGUCCUGAUGGGCACCAAGGACACCGUGUGCAGCGGGGUGACCGGUGCCAUGAAUGUGGCCAAGGGAGCUGUCCAGACUGGCAUGGACACCUCAAAGACUGUCCUCACGGGCACCAAGGAUGCAGUGUCCACUGGGCUCACUGGGGCAAUGAACAUGGCCAAAGGCACCGUUCAGACUGGACUGGACACCACCAAGAAUGUUGUCACAGGCACUAAAGAUGCAGUGUCCACCGGGGUGACAGGGGCAGUGAACAUGGCCAUGGGAGCCGUGCAAACUGGGCUCAAUACGACCCAAAACAUUGCCACAGGCACCAAGGACACCGUGUGCAGUGGGGUGACCGGUGCCAUGAAUGUGGCCAAAGGAGCUGUCCAGACUGGCAUGGACACCUCAAAGGCCAUCCUGACUGGCACGAAAGACACUGUGUCCACAGGACUCACAGGUGCACUGGGUGUGGCCAAGGGCACUGUCCAGACCGGCCUGGACACCACCAAGACCGUCCUGACGGGCACCAAGGAUGCAGUGUCCACUGGGGUGACAGGGGCAGCGAACAUGGCCAAGGGCACCAUCCAGACUGGCCUGGACACCACCAAGACCAUCCUGACGGGCACCAAGGACACCGUGUGCAGUGGGAUGACCGGUGCCAUGAAUGUGGCCAAGGGAGCCGUCCAGGGAGGUCUGGACACCUCAAAGACCGUCCUCACGGGCACCAAGGAUGCAGUGUCCACUGGACUCACUGGGGCAGCGAACAUGGCCAAGGGUACCAUCCAGACUGGCCUGAACACCACCAAGACCGUCCUGACGGGCACCAAGGAUGCAGUGUCCACUGGGGUGACAGGGGCAGCGAACAUGGCCAAGGGCACCAUCCAGACUGGCCUGGACACCACCAAGACCGUCCUGACGGGCACCAAGGAUGCAGUGUCCACUGGGGUGACAGGGGCAGCGAACAUGGCCAAGGGCACCAUCCAGACUGGCCUGGACACCACCAAGACCAUCCUGACGGGCACCAAGGACACCGUGUGCAGUGGGAUGACCGGUGCCAUGAAUGUGGCCAAGGGAGCCGUCCAGGGAGGUCUGGACACCUCAAAGACCGUCCUCACGGGCACCAAGGAUGCAGUGUCCACUGGACUCACUGGGGCAGCGAACAUGGCCAAGGGUACCAUCCAGACUGGCCUGGACACCACCAAGACCGUCCUGACGGGCACCAAGGACACCAUGUGCAGUGGAAUGAGCGGUGCCAUGAAUGUGGCCAAGGGAGCUGUCCAGGGAGGUCUGGACACCUCAAAGACCGUCCUCACGGGCACCAAGGACACUGUGUGCAGCGGGGUGACGGGUGCCAUCAAUGUGGCCAAAGGAGCUGUCCAAACUGGCAUGGACACAUCAAAGGCCAUCCUGACUGGCACCAAAGACACUGUGUCCACAGGGCUCACAGGUGCACUGGGUGUGGCCAAGGGCACCGUCCAGACCGGUCUGAACACUACCAAGACUGUCCUGACGGGCACCAAGGAUACAGUGUCCACUGGGGUGACAGGAGCAGCGAACAUGGCCAAGGGUACUGUUCAGACUGGCCUGGACACCACCAAGACCGUCCUGAUGGGCACCAAGGACACCGUGUGCAGCGGGGUGACCGGUGCCAUGAAUGUGGCCAAGGGAGCUGUCCAGACUGGCAUGGACACCUCAAAGACCGUCCUCACGGGCACCAAGGAUGCAGUGUCCACUGGGCUCACUGGGGCAAUGAACAUGGCCAAAGGCACCGUUCAGACUGGACUGGACACCACCAAGAAUGUUGUCACAGGCACCAAGGAUGCAGUGUCCACUGGGGUGACAGGGGCAGCGAACAUGGCCAAGGGAGCCGUGCAAACUGGGCUCAAUAUGACCCAAAACAUCGCCACAGGCACCAAGGACACCGUGUGCAGUGGGGUGACCGGUGCCAUGAAUGUGGCCAGAGGAGCUGUCCAGGGAGGUCUGGACACCUCAAAGACCAUCCUCACGGGCACCAAGGACACCGUGUGCAGUGGGAUGACCGGUGCCAUGAAUGUGGCCAAAGGAGCUGUCCAGACUGGCCUGGACACCUCAAAGACUGUCCUAACUGGCACCAAAGAUACCCUAUCUACUGGGCUCACAGGAGCACUGGGUAUGGCCAAGGGCACCGUCCAGACUGGCACGGAAACCACCAAGACUGUUGUCAUAGGCACUAAAGAUGCAGUGUCCACUGGGGUGACAGGGGCAGCGAACAUGGCCAAGGGAGCCGUGCAAACUGGGCUCAAGACGACCCAAAACAUCGCCACAGGCACCAAGGACACUGUGUGCAGUGGGGUGACCGGUGCCAUGAGUGUGGCCAAAGGAGCUGUCCAGGGAGGUCUGGACACCUCAAAGACCAUCCUCAUGGGCACCAAGGACGCAGUGUCCACUGGGCUCACUGGGGCAAUGAACAUGGCCAAAGGCACCGUUCAGACUGGACUGGACACCACCAAGAAUGUUGUCUCAGGCACCAAAGAUGCAGUGUCCACUGGGGUGACAGGGGCAGCGAACAUGGCCAAGGGCACCAUCCAGACUGGCCUGGACACCACCAAGACCAUCCUCACGGGCACCAAGGACACCGUGUGCAGUGGGAUGACCGGUGCCACGAAUGUGGCCAAAGGAGCUGUCCAGAUUGGCAUGGACACCUCAAAGGCCGUCCUGACUGGCACCAAAGAUGCAGUGUCCACUGGGCUCACCGGGGCAGGGAGUGUGGCCAAGGGGACAGUGCAGACCAUCCAGAAUUGGUUACCUGGUACCGAGGACAGUGUCUGGAGUGGACUCCCCAGUUACAGUGCCCCAGACAAAGGAGGGGAGCAAACUACCCUGAGACCCGAGGAGGCUCUGUCCUCUGGGGUAUCCAGCGCCCCGGACACUCUCUGUACCGGCCUGGACCUUGCCAGGGAAGCCACUGCCGUGGCCACAGGCACCCAUGGGGCCACCCGGGGCAGGGAGGAUGCAGGACACGAAGGAGCCGUGAGCUUUGCAACGCUCCGGGACGAGCUGGGGGAGCUGGGGGAUAUCUUCCACCCCAUGGACGCCGAGGAGCAAGCUCGGCUUGCUGCGUCCGAACCUGAGCCAAAGGUGCUCACGGCCGACCGCGGCAGCUAUUUCGUGCGUCUGGGUGACCUGGCCCCUGGCUUCCGCCAGCGGGCUUUUGAGCAUGCCCUGAGCCACCUGCAGCACAGCCAGUUCCAGGCCAGGGCUGCGCUGGCCCAGCUGGAGGACUCCUUGGAGCUGAUUGAAAGGGCCAAGCAGGCUCCAGAAAGCCAGCCAUGGCUGGACCAGGGUCCGAGCAGCAGAGUGGAGGGAGCCGCUCCCCAAGAGGUGCCAGGCUCCGGGGCUCUGUCCAGGGCCUGCGGCCUCAUCCAGCAGCUCCACGUGGCCUUCAGCACCCUGGCCUCCGGCCUCCAGGGCCUCCCCUCUGAGCUCCAGCGGCAGGUCGGACAGGCGCGCCACAGCCUCUGUGAGCUCUACGGCCUCAUCUCCUCAGCCAGCUCCGUGGAAGAGCUGCCGGCAGAGCGCCUGGCCCAGAGCCGCGGGGCCGUGGGCCAGGCAUGGCAGAAGCUGGAGCAGAUGCUGGAGAGUGUGCAGCAUGGCCCACCGCUCUGCUGGCUGGUGGGGCCCUUUGCCCUGCACCCUGCUGGGCAGCAGCUGUAGGUCCCUCCUGCCCACGAAGCCCUCCGCGGAGCCUUCUCCCCAGCCCAAACCAGCUCCAAAUCCCCGAAGGUCUGCACCCUGCAGGCUGGCACUGCCUGGCACCCGUGGGGGCACCCAGGACUUUUGAGUUCAGCCGCACCGCGCACCCAGCUCUGGCCCUGCCUACGCCGUCCGCCCUUUCUUCCCAAGCACCGCUGGGCCUUCUCCUGGCCUAGGGGCCCAGGGCUGCUAAGACCGCUGACAGAGGGCCUUCCCCUGAAGGUCUCAAGCAAGCACUUCAAUUAGGAAAGAGCAGUGGAAACAUGCCUAGGUCUAGAAAGUUCUCCAGUCAGCAGCCUCCACAAGGCGCCCUUUUAUCUUUGGGGCACCCCAGUCUGGGUCCUUUAGCUACCGGCACAGCAGGGGCUCCUCCAUCAUCCUGGGCUCCCGGAGCACUGUCCUCACUCCAGAAGCAUACACCCCAGCCCUCAGCAAACCGUAUUCCAUUGUACCAGAAGGUACCAGAAUGCCACUGUCACCCGGCGCGGGCUCCUACCGCCUCUGCUGACACCCAGCGUGGCCAAAGGGCUCUGAGGGUGAAGCUGCAGCAGCCCACUGUGGCCUCGGCCCACCCCCAGAGCUGAUGUUUUGUGGUCCCCAAGGUCCCUGGGCUGAGGAAGGAACGAGAGGUCUUUCCCGCGGGGGAUGGGGCCCUAGGGGGUAUAUGACAAAAUGUGCUCAACACAGUCCCACGCUCCCCCCAGGCUGGCGAACACGGGCUGGGACACACGCAGCGUCCCCUCCUUCCCGGCCACAUUGUCCCUAAAUGCCCAGGGCAGCCAUGCGAGAUGGGCGGCACGUGAGGAAGCUGAGGCUCCCCCUCACUGAGCCUCACCUGUCCUCCAGCUGGGGGGAGCCCCGCCAAGGAAGCUCCCGUAUCCCACCCACAAGCCCCCCCAACUCCGGCUACCUCCCUCCCUUAAGGAGGGCUUGAGGUGCCCUCAUACCAGCCCCCUCUCAGAAACAAUGGAGUGCUCCAAGCUCAGGACACAAGGCCAGCCUUCCCCAAAGGGUCGUCACUAGUUCCUGGGAGCCGGCCGUGGUGAGACACGGGGGAUGGGUCCGGAAGCCCUCUCAGGCCCGCCCCCCCUCAGCCUCCCCCACAGGUGGAGGCGCUGGGAGCACGGCCAUUCACGCCAACUGGGCACAGUCACUGGAGCUUCAGUCCAGCCAGACCAAACGGGAGGACACCAGGCUCCGAAGUCCCACACCGCACCACAGCCCCGGCUAGGAUGGAGGCACCUGACGAGGGGCAGGGCGGAGGGCACACGGUGGACCCCACUGUGGAUGCAGGCGCCUGGCCGGGAGCCACACACAUCUGUCCAAACCCACGUGCCGGCCCUGGGAGCCUGGGGUCACUUUACAGGUGAGGAACGAGAAGCCCAGAGUGGGAGUGCCACUUGUCCGAGGUCACAGAGCAAGGCCUGCCCCCAGUGCUCACAUCCUCUGAACAUCAAGGACAACGGCUAGCCCACAGCACCCCCCAAAGCCUGAAUGGCUUGGAUGCCCCAAGCUGCUGCUUCUGGGGACCCUGGGUCUUACCUGCAGCCUGGCCAGGAGCAGGAACGGGAGCAAGGCCCUGCAAUACUGUCUGGGCUCUAGCAUGCUGCACGCAAGAGGACCAGACCACAGACAGCCUCUACCUGAGCCUGCGCUCCUUCUAAAAAGGCCUCCCACCUCCCCUCUCCUUCACCGUCAGCUCUGCAGGCCCAGGCCGGGCAAGGGCCGUGUCAGAACCGAGUUCACAUUCGCUGUGAACGGUGACCUUGUGGCUUAAACCCUCUGUCCCUGGACGGGCCCUGGACAGCUACACCAGCAAUCCUAGAAAACCGAGCCAAUAAAAGUGACUUUCAUUAAAAAAA